AUGGCCCGCAUGCUCCGGCCUGCGACCUGGGGGCUGCUCCCCUGGCGGGGCUGCUGCUCCAGGGGGACGCAGGGCGAGCUCAGCCAGGGCUUCCUGGAGGCUCUGAAGGCAGUAGUGGGAAGCGCCCAAGUGUCCACUGCCCCUGCGGCCCGAGAGCAGCACGGGCAUGAUGAAUCGAUGCACAGGUGCCAGCCUCCGGAUGCCGUGGUGUGGCCCCAGAACGUGGAGCAGGUCAGCCGACUGGCAGCCCUGUGCUAUGGUCACGGCGUGCCCAUCAUCCCAUUUGGCACAGGCACCGGGCUUGAGGGUGGCGUCUGCGCCAUGCAGGGCGGUGUCUGCAUUAACCUGACCCAUAUGAACCAAGUCGUGGAGCUGCAUCCCGAAGACUUCUCCGUGGUGGUGGAGCCCGGUGUCACCCGCAAAGCCCUUAACACCCACCUGCGGGACAGUGGCCUCUGGUUUCCUGUGGACCCAGGUGCAGAUGCUUCUCUCUGUGGCAUGGCGGCCACAGCGGCCUCGGGCACCAACGCUGUGCGUUAUGGCACCAUGAGGGAUAAUGUGCUCAACCUGGAGGUGGUGCUGCCCGACGGGCGGCUGCUGCACACUGCAGGCCAAGGACGGCACUUCCGGAAGAGUGCAGCCGGCUACAACCUCACGGGCCUCUUCGUGGGCUCCGAGGGGACACUGGGCAUCAUCACAGCCGCCACCCUGCGCCUGCACCCUGCCCCGGAGGCCACGGUGGCUGCCAUCUGUGCAUUCCCCAGUGUCCAGGCUGCUGUGGACAGCACUGUACACAUCCUCCAGGCUGCAGUGCCUGUGGCCCGCAUUGAGUUCCUGGAUGACGUCAUGAUGGACGCCUGCAAUAAGUACAGCAAGCUGAACUACUCCGUGGCGCCAACGCUUUUCCUUGAGUUCCAUGGCUCUGAGCAGGCCCUGGAGGAGCAGCUGCGGCAGGCAGAGGAGAUAGCCCAGCACAACGGAGCCUCCCAUUUCUCCUGGGCCAGGGAGGCUGAGAAGCGCAACCAGCUCUGGGCGGCACGGCACAGCUCCUGGUACGCGGUCCUGGCCCUGCGGCCGGGUUGCAAGGGCUAUGCCACUGACGUGUGUGUGCCCAUUUCCCGGCUGCCAGAGAUCCUGGUGCAGACCAAGGAGGAUCUGAAGGCCUCGGGACUCACAGGUUCNNNCGUCGGACAUGUGGGCGAUGGCAACUUCCACUGCAUCCUUGUGGUCCACCCGGACGACCCUGAGGAGCUCCGCAGGGUCAAGGCCUUUGCAGAGCAGCUUGCCAGGCGGGCCCUGGCCCUCCACGGGACGUGCACGGGAGAGCAUGGCAUCGGGCUGGGCAAGCGGCAGCUGUUGCAGGAAGAGGUGGGCGCUGUGGGCAUGGAGACCAUGCGGCAGCUCAAGGUCAUGCUGGAUCCCCGAGGCCUCAUGAACCCAGGCAAGGUGCUGUGAGGGGCUCUGAGUACUCAGCCUGCAAGCCCCCGGACUGUGCAGCCCAUUUUUCCUUCAUGUCACUGACCCUGUAAGGGAUGAACAGUGGUCGACGCUGUCUUUAUCUGCCACCCUGCCUUCUGCCUUCUGUACUGGACCCAAGGCCAGAGGGCUGGGAGACCCUGGGAGGUUCCUGCCUGGCUUUCUUACCAUCCUUGGGAGCCUUUGGCCCAGAGUGGUUCUUGACAAAGCUGCUUCCUCUCUGCUCUUACACAUCAUCCUGGCUGGGAGAAUGGGUCCGGCCCAAGAUUCAGAUGAUACCCCUCUGUCAAGCCUCCCCACUACUGGGGGCCCAAGUUCCUUCCCCCUCACCUGUUGAACACUGCUUUCCUUGUAUGGGAAGGAACUUCCUGCUCUAAGUUGAUAAGUCUUCUUGGACUCUCCCACCGCCAAUA